CAGUUUUCAGUUUGAGUUUGUCUUUCGUGCCGUCAACAGCUCUUGUUCGGAGCUCCCGGAUCGUAAAGUUGUUACUGUUGAGUGUGGAGAGUUGAGAGAAGCAGUAGUAGUAGCAGCAGUUGUAUUCCUUUGUCGGUUUUGUGGAAAGCAACAACAAUAUCACACUGCAUGAGGAGAGUUCGCUGGUGAAUAGAUGCAGUUUGUCAGCUGAGGAUUACAGUGGGAGAAAACAUUGCUGGUGUGUGGGAGAGUGUUUGUGGUUUGCAAUUGAAGGAUAAUAAAAUAAUCGUGGAUAACGAGUGCAGUGAUAGAAACACAAAUCGAAACGGUUCGGAAGUGGAUUUAACUAAAGCUGGAUUACGUUGCCAAAUGGUGAUACUGGAAGGAGCAGCAAUGUUACAAGUAGGAAACAACCAGUACCUUCAGCCGGACUAUCUGUCGCCGCUGCCGACAACGUUGGACGCCAAAAAGAGUCCACUGGCACUCUUGGCACAAACGUGCAGCCAAAUCGGAGCAGAUUCCGGAAAUAUUACGGUUAAAUCGUUGGUGUCGCCGUCGGAGAAGAACAAGAAAUCUUCAACCUCGUCGGCUUCCUCGUCUGUAUCGAUGGAUAACGGAGUAAAUCAGCCGAAUUCGCGGUCGCCGUCGGUGAAGACAGAAAAAUCGGAUGCAUCGCCGGAAAUCAAGCUGGCGUUCAAGCCUUACGAAAUGAAUGUGCUUACCACAAAGGUGAAGAAUGAAGAGCGCCCGUCGUCCAAGAUGAGCUGUGGAAGUGAUGUUAUGAACAACAAUAGUGUGAAUCAUGUCAAUAAUAACGAAGUUAAGAAAGAAGCCCGUACGCUGUCGCGGGGAAGUGCUGAGUCCCCGAACCGUGCCGGAAGUGUUCACAUGAAGAGUGGGGAAGCAAGUGAGAACGGAAAAUCUACUCCGGAUGGAAGCAGCAGAAGAACCAGCUCACCGAACGAUCGUGACAAAACUUCGGCGAGUCCGGUUGUGCGCUCUGGCAUAGACAUGAUGCAGGGUGGAAAGGAUUUAUCCGGAUACAAACCGGGUGCUUACGGGAUUAAUCCAUUGACUGGACUGCCAUCGCCGUCCGGAAUCGACCACACAAAUCCGGCCUUCCGACCUCCCUUUGCCGGGGCCUUCAGUCAUCAUCAUGCUGCUAUGCUUGCUGCGGCGUACCCGGGAGCGGCGGCAGCCGCGGCAGUCGGUGCUAAUCCUUACCUCAGUUACACUCGAGUUAAGACACCUUCCGGAGGAGAAACGCUGGUGCCCAUUUGCAAGGAUCCGUACUGCACGGGAUGCCAGUUUUCCGCUCACAACCACCAGAUGAUGAUGGGGGGCCAGUGCCCAGCGGGAUGUACUCAGUGUGAUCAUCAAAAGUACAGCCUGGCGAUGGCCAUGGGCUCGAUGCCCCCUGGUUAUCCGUACCCUCCAGCAGCGACUCAGCCGGGUCGUCCGUACAUGUGCAACUGGGUCAUCGGUGACUCCUACUGCGGUAAACGUUUCAACACCACCGACGAGCUGCUGUCCCAUCUUCGUACCCACACCGCCAACCUGUCCGACCCGGCGGCACUGGCCCUGCAGCAGCAGCUGAUGCCAUUGAGUGGCAUUUUUCCACCAUCUUCACUUCACCGAGGCUAUCCGAACCCUCCACUGAGCCCUCUAUCCGCUGCCAGAUACCAUCCGUACGCGAAACCGGGUGCGAUGCCGGGAGCCAUGCCCGGAUCACCGUACGGAGCUGCCUUCAAUCCGGCCGCCUUCGGACAGUACUACUCACCGUAUGCCGCUGCCCUGUACAGCCAACGAAUGGGAGCAGCCGUUCAUCAGUAAAUUGGACUCACUCCAGUCAAGGUGUUUUGCAUUUGGCCCGGUGUUAUUUUCUAUAAAUCUGUGAUAUUACAUUUAUUCUUACUGCAGAAGAAGAAUAAUCGACGAAAAAGAGUGUCGCUAGACGAAGUUAUCAAAACAGCGUGUAUACCAAUCCUUGCCUUCAAAACUGGUUCCAAGAAUUGAUUGCCCCCCUUCAACAAGAUACUCAUAAAUCAAUAGACAGAGAA